GCUGCUUCAUGGCGGGAGCGCUGGAGUCGCUGGAGUCGUGCCUGGAGCGGCACAUCCCGCCCGAGGAGCUCGCCGAGGUGAAGCGGAUCCUCUACGGGGGUGACGCAAGAAAACUUCAUUUGCCACCUGCAGCUCAAUCAGCAGCUCGGGAAAGAGGUUUUGAGCUGCAGGGCUAUGGAUUUGACGCUGCUCCUGAGCAGCUGAGAAGGCCACGUAUUGUUCGAGUAGGACUGAUACAAAACAGAAUUCCACUUCCCACAGACACAGCCGUGGCAGUCCAGGUGGCUGCACUGCACAAACGCAUUGAGGAAAUCGUGGAAGUAGCUGCACUAUGUGGGGUCAACAUAGUUUGUUUCCAGGAGGCUUGGACCAUGCCCUUUGCAUUUUGUACAAGAGAGAAGCUUCCUUGGACCGAAUUUGCUGAGUCAGCAGAGGAUGGGCCAACAACAAAAUUCUGUCAGGAGCUGGCAAAGAAAUACAGCAUGGUUGUGGUAUCUCCCAUCCUGGAGCGAGAUGAAAUACAUGGAGGAACUCUGUGGAAUACUGCUGUGGUCAUUUCUAAUUCUGGAGCUGUCCUUGGCAAAAGCAGGAAAAAUCAUAUUCCAAGGGUUGGAGAUUUCAAUGAGUCUACUUACUAUAUGGAAGGCAACACAGGACACCCAGUGUUUCAGACCCAGUUUGGAACAAUUGCUGUGAACAUCUGCUACGGGCGCCAUCACCCUCUCAACUGGCUCAUGUUUAGCAUGAAUGGAGCAGAGAUCAUCUUCAACCCCUCAGCCACCAUUGGAAUGCUCAGGUAAUGCUUUCUAGGCCAGCUUCAUCUGGACGAGGCACUGUGGCCAAUUGAAGCCAGAAAUGCUGCCAUAGCCAAUCACUGCUUCACCUGCCCCAUCAACAGGGUGGGAACGGAAUACUUCAGAAAUGCCUUUACUUCUGGAGAUGGUGGAAAAGCACACCAUGACUUGGGCCAUUUUUAUGGCUCAAGUUACGUAGCUGCACCAGAUGGCAGCAGGACCCCGGGGCUCUCUCGCACUCAGGAUGGACUUCUGGUGGUAGAGAUGGAUCUGAAUCUCUGCAGGCAAGUCAGUGACAAGUGGAAUUUUAAGAUGACUGGUAGGUAUGAGAUGUAUGCAGACAAGCUUGCUGAAGCAGUCCAGCCUUAUUUUGCACCCAAUAUAAUCAAAGAGUAAGAGAGAGCUCAUGGCAAUCAAAUGCUAGGUGACAGAUUGAGGUGCUGCUGGCUUCACCUUGCAUCACAAAUUGUUACUCUAAUGUUGUCAGUUAAAUUUCCUCUGUAACCAACUUUUAAAUAAAAGGAUUCAAAACUGCUAAGUAAAAAUAGCUUU